AGAGGAGAGGAUGUCAAGGCAUGGGGAAAGCAAGAGAGGAGAGGAGAUAUGGAGUGAAAGAAAACAGAGAGAGAGAGGGAGAGCGAGCCAGUAUAAAUAAGAGGUAGAGAGGUAGAUUAACGAAGUGUGUUGUUCAUUUUUACUGUAAAUGAGAACCAUGAUGUGUCGGGUGAGAAUUUUGGUAGUGGAGAGGAACGUCAAAGCUCACCCUUAUCUGAGGGGUGUGUGACAGCGAGUGUAUGAGGCGGUUCUGCAGACAUAGCAAAGAACAUCUGACCACCCCAAACGCAGUCUGACCCUGAACCCCGCCCCCCAACUCCCAUUCCCACUUCCAUCUCUCCCUUUCGCUCACGAUGGCUGAGCCUCCAGAACCAGUGCACUUCCAGGGGGACCAAGCAUCAGCAGAAGCAGCGGCACUCGGCUCUGAGCCGGGUGAGUCCACAGAGGUGGAGUGUCCCAUCUGCUACCACGAGUACAACCAGUGUGGCAAGUGUCCUCGCAUGCUGGAAUGCCUCCACGUCUUCUGCACCGAGUGCCUCCAGAGAAUCCAGCUGUCCCCGUAUCCAGCUGAACCCGCAGACCCCCAGAGCCCUCGCAGCCCUGCCAUUUUCUGCCCCCUCUGCCGCCACCCCACCCUGCUGGAGACUGGCGACCCCCUCACCCUGCCCUGCAACUCCCGCAUCCUGGCUCAACUGCCCCCCAUGGCUUUCUGCACACCCGUGUCGAUGGCUGCCAGCUUGGCCACCGUCACCCAGAGGGUGGUCUUCUCCCUGGAUACCAGCAGGGACGCCCGCUUCAUCAUCCUGCCCACAGUGAGCCUAAGGGUGGAGCAGAUACACCCAAGCGAUAGGCCCCAUGGUGGAGGUGUGGGCCUGGUGGGUGAGGUGGAGGUGCUGCAGCACUACAGGAGGACCCUGGCCGUGGUAUUCUGGGUGUUGUUUGUGAUGACCUGCGUGGUGGGACUGGUGUUUGGGCUCAGGUUUUUCCGCAGCUGAGGGGAGAAGGAACCGAGGGGCCUGUUCCAAUACUUUUACAUGCAGCCUUCCUUCCUUUUGUCUUUCCUUGUUUCCUUCCCCCUUACUCAAGGAAGGAAGGGUGUAUUGUCAAAAUAUUUGAAUAUGGCCUAAGAUCUAGACUGAACUACGGGCCUACAUCAAACGUAGUCUUGAAACGUCCUGUUAACUUCAAUUCAACUGUAGAUGACAUAUCUUUAAAAGAUAUAAAAGGUUGAUGCAUACAGCCUCAUAAUCACAUGUCUAGUUCUGUUAGUUGAGAAAAUUAUUUAUUGACAGUUCUGAGUUUUUCGGCUAUGCACUGAUUUAGAGUUCCCUCUAGUGGUCUAAUCUAGGAGCGCCUAUUACAUUGGGGCGCCAGGUAGCCUCGUGGUUAGAGUGUUGGGCCAGUCAACAGCUUGUUUGUUUCGAAUCCCUGAUCCGAAUUGGAGAAAAAUCUGCCGAUCCGCCCUUGAGCAAGGCACUUAACCCUAAUUGCUCCAGGGUUGCGCAAUAAUGCCUGAUCCCUGGCCUUGACCCCACUCUCUGAGGGUGUCUCAGGGGGAGU